CUGUAUUUGACCUCAAAUGGUUUGGCGAGCUCCGCUCCACCAGCACCGAGGGCUGUCCGGCAGGAAACACAGUCCACGAUGAGCAAGGUUCCGCUGAGGGAUGCGGCCGCUCCGGGCAGAGUCAAGCACUGGGUGGAUCCAUCCUUCUCAGAUCUGCCAGAGAAAAGCUUUUCCGCGCCUGGACGCAGAAAGGCCAGCCAAUCUUUGGGCUCCAGACCUGAACAGAAGAGGCAGAAAAAGAAGGGAUUGGAGGUGGGCAGUGGCCAGCUGCUGCCAGACGACCAGGAUGAGCCCUGGGUGGAAAGAUACUCGCCCCGUACACAGGCUGAACUGGCUGUGCACAAAAAGAAGAUCGAAGAGGUUGAGAACUGGAUCAGAGCUCACACAGACACACCGAAGGGGGGCAUUCUGAUACUGACAGGACCAUCGGGCUGUGGAAAGACCGCCACAGUGCAGGUCCUUUCCACGGAGCUGGGUGUUCGGGUUCAGGAGUGGACUAACCCAUCAGCCCCGGAGCCAUUCAGCAGCACAAAGCACGACUGGAAGACCAAUGGCUUUAGCUCCCAGCUGGGCCAGUUUCAGGAGUUUCUCCUCAGAGCGCACAAAUACAACUGCCUGAAAAUGAAGGGGGACGCGGGAGCUACGGAAAAGAAGCUGGUGCUGGUGGAGGAUUUCCCGAACCAGUUCUACCGGCAGCCUGGCAGCCUGCACGCCAUCCUGAGGCACUUUGUGAGGAGCAGCCGCUGCCCGCUGCUGUUCGUGGUGUCGGACUCUCCCAGUGGAAACGGCAGCUUCCGCUCCCUCUUUCCCCGAGAGCUCCAGGAGGAGCUGGGCAUCGCCUGCAUCAGCUUUAAUCCGGUGGCUCCGACGACAAUGAUGAAGGUCCUGAACAGCAUUUUGGCCCAGGAGGCAGGAAGGAGCUGCAGAGGGAUGAGCCGGCCCGACCAGACGGCCCUGGAAUCGCUGUGUUCAGGGAGCUCUGGGGAUGUCCGCAGCGCCAUCAACAGCCUGCAGUUUCUCUGUCUCCCAGAGCCUUCGCUGGAAAAAGAGUCUCCGUGGCCGAAGCAGAAAGCUGCUCCUCCACAGGGCCGAAGGGCCCCCGCUCUGACCAACCAGAGGAUGAAGAGGUGUAAGCGGGGGAAGGAGCAGGAGGAUCUGCCGGCUGUCGGAGGGAGGGACGUGUCCCUGGUCCUGUUCAGGGCGCUGGGGAAGGUCCUGCACUGCAAACGGGAGCAUCCCAGUGGAGCUGAAGCGGCCGAGGACGCCUCGGCCCCCGGCCUACCCGACCACCUGCUGCGCCACCACCGGUCAGCUCUGCUCAUCAACCCGGAGCUGGUGGUGGAGCGUUCCCACAUGUCAGGAGACAUGUUCAACCUGUACCUGUACCAGAACUACCUGGACUUCUUCUCUGAGAUGGAGGACGUGGUCCGAGCCAGCGAGUAUCUGUCCGACGCCGACCUCCUCACCGCCGAGUGGUCGAGCCGCAGCACCAUGGGUGACUACGGGUCUUCGGUGGCCACCCGGGGGCUGCUUCACUCCAACUCCCACCAGGUGUCUGUUGGCUUCAGGCCGCUGCACAAACCCAGCUGGCUGCUGGUCAGCAAACAGCACCGGGACAACUGCCUGGCCGCCCGCUCCCUGUUCGCCGACUUCUGCCUCACGCCGCUCAGCCUACAGACUCAGCUUGUGCCAUAUCUGGCCAAACUCGUCAACCCCCUGAGGAGUCAAGCCCAGAUAAGCUUCAUCCAGGAUGUGGGUCAGAUGUCACUGAGGAGGCCCCCCGGCAGGCUUAAACUGGAGACUCUGACAGACAAAGACACCGGCCCUCAGGAAGAAGAGGACGGGGAGGAAGAGGAGGGCGAGGCGGAGGGGGAAGUCCUCCUGGAGGACGAGGAUAUGAUGAUAGAGGAAUACACGAGCGACUGA